AGGGGAACUUUUUGCCUAAAACUGAUGAACCUACGACACAAAAUAUGGAUGGGUUCGGUCAAACUGUAUUCACUCUAUCCUCAUUCCAAAUUCUACUUUCGAGAGAAAGGCUGGUCUGUGCGAUCGUUGGAGAGAAAAGCGUGUUAACGAUAAAGAUCAGCGAUACUGAGAUGGUCGACACAUUAAAAGACGCGACCAAAGAGAAGAAGAAGUGCGGCGCUUGCGAGCUGAAGCUUUUCCUGGCGGUAGCUGGCGGCGAAUGGCUACUAGAAAAAGGACCUGCUGCGCAAGCAUUAAAGAAUGGAGUGAUUCAUCCUGACGUAAAGAAAAUAAUCGAUGAAAACAAAAUGAUGGCAUCGUGGACAAUUGAAGACGUAUUGAACGAGUCCGAGACGACUGGGAAGCGCGCACCAAUCCCCAAGCAAGUUCAAGUGCUGGUGAUGCUACUUGGCGAUGUUCGGAAGGCCAAGUGGAGAAGAUUGAAUACUAACUACAAGAGUUGGAUACAAUCUAUCAACAACACGCAAGUUACUGCACGACCUGCGACUUGUGAUGAGCUAAGUGAAUAUCUGAAACACGAGCUUGCGGUUAGUAUUCCUCUCAACGACAGAUUAUUCGUGAUGGUGACAAUGUUGAGAGACUCAACAGGAGAGCUAGUUGGCAUUAUAAGCAAACUCUUUGAACCUGUUUCGUCUGGAGUCGGGCUCCACGAUAUUACUGCUUCGGUCGUGAGUCCUCCUAUUGAGCCGCUGUGAUCUGGCGCAGCGCCUUUUACUUAGACGAUUCGACAAAGGGGGCGGCCAGGGGGGGGGGG